GGCUUCAACGAGCAGUUCCGCACGCUGAGCGUGGAUGUGACCGAGGCGGAUGAGGUCAACUUCGGUCAGUCGGGCAGAGCCGGGUACAUCCAACAACACAUCCACCGUCGGCUGCACACCCGCGCGGCACAGCUCAACGACAAGGACUUGCUGGACUUGGGGAAGCUCUCCUUCAACGAGCAGUUCGUCGUACUUCAACAACCAGGACCAAGAGAAGAAGAGCAAUAUAGCCUCUUCGGCGACCUGGGCCGUGAGAGCUACGUGCAACAACGGAUCCAUAGGAUGCUGCACAGCCAAGUGGCCCAGCUCUCGGACGCGGAUCUGCACCGCUUGGGCACCUUGAGCUUCAAUGAGCAGUUCACGACGCUUGGACGGCCGGGGCCCAAGGAGAUGGACGCGCAGAAAGCCAGGCCCACUGAGGCCAGCGCGGCCGGCGGCUUCCUCCGAGGUCUCUCGCGGCAAGAGUACAUGCAACAGCGGAUCCAUCGCAGGCUUCAUCCACAAGCAGCCUACUUGAGUGAUGCAGAGCUCUUCCAGAUCGGCGAGAUGAACUUCAACGAGCAGUUCACUGCUUUGGACGCUGUGAAGAGUGCCAAGUCGCAUGGCAGGCCAGAGCAGGGCGCGGCGCUCUUCAAUGGCUUGGACCGAAAUAGCUACAUGCAGCAACGAGUGCACCGGAAGCUGCACAGUCGCGCGCAGCAGUUGAGCGAUGAGAACCUGGCCUCGUUGGGCGCUCAGUCCUUCAACGAGCAGUUCUCCCUCAUCGAGCGCAUGGAAUGAGGGUCUGCUGGUGGGUCAUCGGCCGAAAAAAAGAAAGCGAGCGCGCCACGGGGGAAGUGGGGAGGGUUGGGCAAGUUUUGGGACCACCACCCAGACGCAACCCUGAACCGGGUCGGACGCUCCUAUGGAGGGGUUUGCACCCGAACCAAUCCCGAACGGGUUUGGUUCGGGACCGGUCGGGCUGGUUUCACGGAGCGUCUGGGCCAAGGUCUUUCCUUCCAAAAGGUCCGGCAGAUCGAAAAGGACGAAAAAGAGAGAGAAAAGAGGGUGGGGCAAAGAUGGGGAUUCAGCACCUCAUCUCGAGAUGAGAAGAAGAGAGGGCAAAGAUGGGGAAGGCCCAGUUGGACAGAUGAACUGCUUCUCAUCUGGGCUUCGAUUGUUCCAGCACAUGAAGGCACCGAGAGACACGAACCCGUUCCUGUGCGACCUUCCGGACAGACUGGAUUGGUCUCCGUUCACCUCGGAGCUGUGUGUCAAAUCCGUUCAGGUGCACCCCUCGAGUAGUUUUUGUGUGGACACCAGAAGUCACAUGAAUGAAGGGGUGGUUUCUCCAUCUCUCAGGGGUGGUUUUAGAGGUUUUUCGUCUCCCAGUGAGUGGAGAAAUCCUGGGCGCCCCUCUGCUCCAAGUUUGGCACCCCUAGCGUGAAUCGGAGACUCUGCAGCUGGAGACCAGUGUUUUGCUACCAGUUGGGGUGGGUGACUGAUGUCCCGAAAUGAGCAGAAGCUCAACCACCCAGCAGACGCAGCACUUCAAGAGUUGCGCGAAAGAGGCAUGGUGCCACGUACAGGAUCCACAGACCAUCCUAGAUCUUCU